AUGAUUACAACAUCGAAACUCGAACAAUUGAUUGUGAAGAAAAUCGAAAAUUAUCAAUAUGGUUUUAUUGAUGGUUUACUCGUACCUUUAUCCAUUGGUAACUCAUUAAAAUAUCUUCAUUUGAUAUUUUCCGUUAACUGUUCUGGUUCCGAUUACAUGUAUUUUGUUAAUCGUCUGAUAAAAAGACAAAUUUCUUUUCAUACGAUGAUAUUCGAAAUAGAGAGAGAUUGUCAUAAUGAAAACAACAAUAAUGGCUCUCGUUACCCGAACUGGAAAAUCUUCAUUGGCCACUUACUGUACAAUUGA